AUGAAAGCUGACAUUAGAAUUGCAAAUAAAUACAACUCUUCUAUACUAUACGAAUUGUUUUCACUCUAUUCAUUAUUGCUAAUUAAUAUGAAUUUCAACUUUCUAAAUGGUAGUACCAUGGCUACACCCUCAUCUUUUCUAACUGAGGAAUUUUCCGGUUAUAAUGAGGAUCUGUUUGGUACUAUAGUUGAAUCUUGCUUCAAAACUAUAGAUACCUCACAAACCAAGUAUCAUUCACAAGGUCAGGAUUUUGCAACUUUUUUAUUUGAAGAUUUUGUUGGGGAAAGGCCACAUAGCUCUUCUAAUCACAAUGCAUGGCUUAACCAUCAACCAAGAUCGGACAUUAGGGGAAUUGAUACGUGGGAGAAUAGUAACCAUAGAUCCGAAAGGCCUUACACACUUGCUAAAAAAGUACAGAGCUCUAAGGAAUUAUUUCAGAGACAUAAUAAUUUAGUCCCAGAAUCUGAGUUAGAUGCAUAUACUGCCUCGAAUGAUCCACUUGGAUCUAUAAUUGCUGGAAGAAAUGAAUACUGCAAUGAGGUCAGUAAAACUAAUGGCUCUUAUAUUAAACGUGAAGCUGAUAGUUGUUUGAUUCAUGAUAGAAUUUUUGAUUCUGAAUUUACUAAUAGAAGCCAAGACGAAAUCUUUACUUCAUCGGCAAAUCCUAUUGAAUUACAAAGUUUCUCACAGCCAUGUUUCAAAAUAGAAGAAGUUAGCCAUAUAUCCAGCUAUACAUAUGGUAAUCAAAAUCUAGAUAUUGGAAUAGUAUCUCCCAAUAUUAUUAACCCUUCUUUUAUUACAAAUUCUUUCUCUGCGAGCCCCCAACCGAAUGUUAACCCUGCAUUACCAGAAAAUGAAUGUAUGAAUACUUCAAAAAGCAAGAGAUCAAGAUUUAUUAAGGGAAGUAAGAAUAGGCUUUGCACUCAACGGGAAUUUAGCUAUGAUGGUAUUGAUGUUGAGAGCUAUUUGGAAACGAGUGAUAGAUUAAUUAAUGUUGCGAAAAACGAAGAACCAUAUAACUUCCAAGAAAUAUUGAGUAGUAAACUAUUGGAACUAAAAGUUAAUAGAGAACACAGUAUUUGUUGCAUUAAGAGGAAUCGAUACGUCAGGGAGAAUUUUGAUUCCAUUCUAAAUUUCUAUAAAAACGUUGGUUAUGAACUAAAUCCUAACUUUCAUAUUUCUAAACCAUACGAACCACAGUACGUAAGGUUCGAGAUAGACGAAACGAAUGGUCUACCCUUUAAUGAAACAAGAUGUGGAUUAUGCCCUUACUGUCCAGAUAUAAACUUUAAAAACCUAAAAACUUCAACAUAUUCACAGCAUCUUGCCUUAACACAUGGCGUAUAUACCGAUAAUUACUUGACUCCAAACCCUAUAUAUUAUGGGAUCUAUAUUAUUAAAAAGACAAAUACCCAAAGAAGAACGAAAGCCCAUGAACAUGAAAGAUGUGGCGUUGUAUGUCCUUGCUGUUAUGCAAUUGUUGGAACAGAGUGUUCGAAAACAACUGCAUCAUCUAAGCCAUUAAACAAUUACAUGAGACAUUUCAAAGAGUACCAUAGACAAUCGAAGGAUAAAUUAGAUCCAAUAAAAUUUUUUAAUAAAACAAUUCCAUUAAAUUAA